ACAAAAUUAUUCAAGGAAGCCAACGUGUUAUAGCCUUAGUCGAACAGCUGGAUCAGUACUUAAACAGAAUUAUUCAAGGAAGCUGACGAGUUAUUUAGCUCUAAUGCGACAGCUGUCACAGUACACACUACAGGUUUACACAAGUAACAUGCUUCAACACUAACUGCCGGGUGACGCAUCAAACACUAUCACAACAUGGAUGAACCAUCGUUAUUGAAAAGUUUGCUCAAAUACGUGCCAGAAAAGCGAAUCACACUUUACAUCAGCGUGGCGUUCAGCUUGCUCCUCAUCAUCUACCUCAACAACGACAUCAUCAAAUGGAAUCAAAUUUUGCCUCUUUCUACCCUGGGGAUUAUCAACAUCAGCGAUAUUUACUCCCCUCUUCUCGAAACGCCAUCACCGGUCAACAAUACAUCAUGCGCCACCUGUUACACCACCAACCUAACCAACGUCACGAACACCACACUUUCUUGGACUCAUCUUCACCUACUUGAGAACGCUACCACGACAACAUCGACACCCACGACGACAAACAGAACUAGUGUGUCGAUCCUAGCCCCAUGCAAUACCUCCCCUUACAUCUUAUGCCCAAAUGGUACUCGUGCCAAUUCCAACGACACGAAGACCUACUCCAUCGCCGUUCUUAGGCGGCCAUCUUGGAUACCUGACAGCGAUUUUGAUUUCGCAUCCUGCGAAUUCUCCAACUGUAAAUUCGUCGAUACUAACGUCAACGAGAUGACAGAUGUCGUGUUGGUGUAUGCCGUGGGUUUGAGCGACGGAUUUCGUCCCCCACAGCGCUGGGCUCACCAGAUCUAUGGAGUGAUGAUGUGGGAGUCUCCGAUACAUACACACGCGAGCUUUAUCUCAGAUGCCGGUUCAGUCUGGAACAAAGCAUUCAACAUGACCAUCCACUACAGGACCGACUCUGACGUGUUUGUGCCGUACGACCGUCUCGUUUACUCACCUAGACCACAGCAGGAGCUGCCCAAUUACUAUGAGAUAGCAAAGAGCAAAACUAAAAUGGCAAUGUGGAUGGUCUCAAACUGCGGAGCUCCGUCAAAGCGCAACAACUACGUACAGGAGAUGCAGAAAUACAUUGAGGUUGAUAUUUACGGGGCCUGCGGUCAACCAUGCAAGCAGGAAGUCUGCGAUGACCUACUCCGACAUCACUACAAAUUUUACCUGUCUUUUGAAAACUCCCACUGUAAAGAUUACAUCACAGAAAAACUAUUCAAAGCCUACAAUCCCGACACCCACAUCAUCCCCGUAGCCCGUGGAGGGGCGCCGUACGGUCAGUAUCUCCCCAACAACACCAUGAUCAACGCGGCUGAUUUCAAAACGCCGAAAGAUUUGGCUUUGUUUUUGAAAAAUCUGGCCAGUGACUUAAACAGGUACGCCGGUUACCUGGCAGAGAAAGACAAAUACAGGCACGUGACUGAAAUCCCCGCAGGCAUUUCAUCUGUGGGGUGUCAAGUAUGUAAAAAAUUACACACUCAUACUUUUAACAAAAUCCAUGAUAUGAACCAAUGGAUACAAGAGGGGGCAUGUAUAACUCCACACGACGUGUGA